UUUACCCUCCUGACAGCCGCGGCCGCCGGAGGAGGAGCGGAGCCGGGAGGAUGGGCCGCCGCUAACCUCGCAGUGGGAAGCGCGGGCCGAGCAGGGUGGGAGCCGGCGCCUGCAGUGGCGCGGGGAGAGGCGAUCGGCCCCGGAUCCCGUAGCCCGCAGCCCUGCAGCCCGCGUAGACCGAGCUGCCCCGGCGCCCCGAAUCCUGAAGUCCCAGUUGAGUCAGAAUGGAUGAACAAUCACAAGGAAUGCAAGGGCCGCCUGUUACUCAGUUCCAGCCACAGAAGGCAUUACGACCAGAUAUGGGCUAUAAUACUUUAGCCAACUUCCGAAUAGAAAAGAAAAUUGGUCGUGGACAAUUUAGUGAAGUUUAUAGAGCAUCCUGUCUCUUGGAUGGAGUGCCGGUAGCUUUAAAAAAAGUACAGAUAUUUGAUUUAAUGGAUGCCAAAGCACGUGCUGAUUGUAUCAAAGAAAUAGACCUCCUUAAGGUAAAUAAUGAUCUACACUUUAAGAAACAAAAGAGGCUAAUCCCUGAGAGAACCGUUUGGAAAUACUUCGUUCAGCUCUGCAGUGCACUGGACCACAUGCAUUCUCGAAGAGUCAUGCACAGAGAUAUAAAACCAGCUAAUGUGUUCAUUACAGCCACUGGGGUAGUAAAACUCGGAGACCUUGGGCUUGGUCGGUUUUUCAGCUCCAAAACCACAGCUGCACAUUCUUUAGUGGGUACACCUUACUACAUGUCUCCAGAGAGAAUACAUGAAAAUGGAUACAACUUCAAGUCUGACAUCUGGUCUCUUGGCUGUCUGCUAUAUGAGAUGGCUGCAUUGCAGAGUCCUUUCUACGGCGACAAGAUGAACUUGUACUCUCUGUGUAAGAAGAUAGAGCAGUGUGACUACCCGCCUCUCCCGUCAGAUCACUAUUCGGAGGAGCUACGACAGCUAGUUAAUAUAUGCAUCAACCCAGAUCCAGAGAAGCGACCAGACAUCGGCUAUGUUUAUGAUGUGGCAAAGAGGAUGCAUGCAUGUACCGCAAGCGCCUAAACUGUACAAGAUCCUGAAGACGGCAACCAAGAUAACUUAAAAGUGUUUUUGUGCAAAUCAUACCUCCCCGCUUAUGUCUGGGUGUUAAGAUUACUGUCUCAGAGCUAAUGCGCUUUGAAUCCUUAACCAGUUUUCAUAUGAGCUUCAUUUUUCUACCAGGCUCAAUCACCUUCCCAAUCCACAACUUUGGGAUGCUCAGAUGGCACCAGGAAUGCAAGCCCAACAAGAGUGUUUAGCUUGAGAAUUGUGUAGAGUUUCUGCUGAUAAACUGGUUUAUAGAUAGUCAGUGCCAGACGGUGAAGAACACACACAUAGGCACAUGUCCAGAGGGAUGCGUAACCUGAGGAAGGACCUGGGCAUUUGACUUGUUUGCUUUUAAGUCACUUAAUGGAAGUUGUAGUGGACAUAAUUGUGAACUUCUGAUUUUUUUUUUAAGUUUCAAGUACAUGUUUUAGUUCUUAGCAUUAGAGAUCUCAAAUAUAAUUCUUAUAAUACAUGCAGACAUAAACUUUUUGAGAGAGAUUUAAAAUUUUUAGUUUAUACAUUCAAAAUGCAACUAUUAAAUGUGAAAACAUAGAGGUCAAAAUGUGAGUUGGACACUGAAGUCUAUGUUUUAAUGCCUUUGGAAGCCUUCUUUUGUGUGUUUAAAUGGUAUAAAUGAACCCAUUUUAAAACGUGGUUAAGGACUUGUUUGCCUGGCGUGAUAGUCAUUUUUAACAUGCACAAGGCUUUGUGUUUUUAUUGUACAUUUGAAGAAUAUUCUUGGAAUAAUCUUGCAGUAGUUAUAGUUCAAUUUCUUUACAAAUCUAAAUACACUUUACUCAUAACUAUACACUGUAAUGCAAGCAUAUAUUUUUAUUCAUAUAUUGAAGUUUUGAUCAGUUCCCCUUCAGAAUCUUUUUUAUUCAAGUUACUUUCUUAUUUAUAUUGUGUGUGCAUUUUAUCCAUUAAAUGUUUCAGAUUUUCUGAGAAUGAAUUCCCUUUUUAAAAUAUAUUUGGUAUGCCAACACUUUUCUAGGAUUGAAAAAAAAUUUUUUUAAACGUUUGGGCCAUUCUAUGUGCAUCUGUUUUAUCUUGUUAGAAAGAAAAGGUGUGUGUUAAAAUGUGCCUGUGAAUGUCGAUGUUGUUUGACAGGGUUAUAAUUUUAGAGUAUGUUUUAGAGAAUGUUUAACGGCGUGAGGACUGGCCCUUACUGAAGACAGAACUGUUCUAAGAGCAGCAUUUCCGUUGAGAUGCUUUGGAGUAAAGUACUGUAUUUGUGUAUGACGAUGACAGACAUUUUAGUUAAGGAGGGGAAAAAAAGAGGGGUAUUUAGGAAACCCUGAGGUGGAAUUUUGGUGAAUGUCUUCAUCUUACUACCAACCAAUUCCUUCAAAGAAUUGUGGAGCCAAAGAACAGAGUAGUCGUGGCUGUUGCAGAACACCGUGUGCCACGGUAGAGCAUUGGGAAGGCUCAUCCUGCCGGUGGCUCGGUCAGACGCCCGUGCUGGGGAGCUUGUGCUCGGCCCACAGAGCUCCCGGGUUCAUUUUCUUACAGAGUGUUCUUUCUACAGUUAUUUCCAAGUAAUUGUAAAUUUUCAAAGUAAUAUCUCAUCUUUUCAUUCACUAUGUAUGCUGUCUUAGACAAAGGAAAUCUGUUUUUUUUUUUGUCUUGAAGGCUGAACUGGGUACAUCCCAGAUCUUAGUGGCUCAUAGGAUAUACCCAGAGGCACGAAGAAAUGGCUUCCGGUGACCAUUUGGGUUGUGUUACAUCCAUUGUAAUGUCACAGGACUGACUGAGAUGAAACAUCCCCUUCCUACAAGAGUUGUUUUCUUUCCAUAUUUAAAAACAUGAGGUUCUGCCUGGCAGUGAUGGCGCACACCUUUAAUCCCAGCACUCGGGAGGCAGUGGCAGGCGGAUUUCUGAGUUCGAGGCCAGCCUGGUCUACAAAGUGAGUUCCAGGACAGCCAAGGCUACACAGAGAAACCCUGUCUCAGAAAACCAAAACUAAAUGAAAAUACAAGGCUUCUCCCCUUGUAGUGACUUUGCUUUAUGAAUUUGUCUCAAUAAAAAAAUAGAGCUGGAGGGCUUACUGGUCAGGGAUGGUCACUGUCACUUUGUACAAGAAGAAACUUUCUUUCAAAUAUUUUAAGUCCCUCAGUUCAUAUCUACCCUCCCCCCUAAAAAAAGAAUAUAUUGUGUAGAAACAAAUUCAGUGUGAUAUUUGCAAGUGGUUAUGGAAUUGAUUAAAAGUUAUAAUCUUAACAAUCACCUAUAAAAUAUUCUCUUUAUAUUUCUGUUUAUGAGUAAAUUUUAUAUGACGUUAAAUAUUGGAAUUGAUUUCAGUAACAGGUCAAAUUAAAGGUACGGCUGAUUUGAAACCUUAUUUAAACAUUGGUACUAGUUACCCAGGGGAGAAUGUGCAGUAACGUUGGUUGGUAUGCUGAGGUAUGGGGGUGGUGAAUGAAGGGUACCCUACCUGCAGUGCUCAAGAAUGUCCAAUGAUUGUAAAGUUACUGAGAUGUCACCGGCAAGUCGUGAGCGCUCUACUGUUCCUUAGUGUGUCCUUUACAAAACGCCUGUCUUAUAUCAUGUACUCCAGGUUUUGCUCUGAACUUUUUCUCUAUUUAUUAUAACCAAGAAGCUGUUACUCACACAAAUGUCUAUUCUUUUCAAUUGAAUGUACUGUUUAUAACCCACAAAUGCGCACUCUUUGCCUCCAAUUCCCGUAGUACUGUAAUAAUAUGAAUUUUUUUGUGAAAUACUUUCUAUUUUGUUAUGCUUUAAAUAUACAUGCAAAAGAAUUCUGUUAUUAGCUUCAAAAACUGUACAGUAUCUUAAUAUAAAUAUAGAAAUAUAAAAGAUGAGUACCGUAAGUUUUAGUAUCUGUCAGGUUCCCUCCCUUUUACCUCUCCAAAUCGCCCAUUGCUAUGCUUGGCACCGAACCUACAGAAACAGUUCUUACCCAGUUCCAGGACUUUGCUAUCUUGAAGAAACCGAAACAGUGAGGCAGUCAAAAGUGACAACCUCUCUGGAGGCUCUGGGGUUUUAUGGUUUGGUUUUGAAUGUGCGUUAUAUCAUAAAAUGCAGCUCACUAGUCUCUUCAAUGUCUCCCUUUCUGUCAUUGAAUAAAAGGCAUCCAAACAGUAA